GCUGUUCCUUCACUCUCCCACUCUCCAAAAAUCAGCAUAAAACCCUCCCUUUUCACCCCCUAAACCCCAUUUGUUUCUUUUUUGAUUGAAGAAGAUGCUGCUGCAAAAAACACAAGAUAUUGUGUUCACUAAACGGCCUUACAUCGAAGAUGUCGGGCCACGAAAAAUUAAAAGCAUGAAAUUCUCAAUGUUUUCGGAUUCAGAGAUAGCCAAAAGUGCCGAAGUUCAAGUAUACAAAGGUGUUUACUAUGAUCCUCAAAACCGCCCCAUUGAGGGCGGGUUAUUGGAUCCUCGAAUGGGCCCUCCGAAUAAGUCUGCUGGGAAAUGCGCAACCUGUGAUGGAAGUUACAAUGAUUGCCCAGGGCAUUAUGGAUACUUAGUUCUUGCCCUCCCUGUUUAUAAUAUUGGGUAUUUAAGUACAAUUUUAGACAUUUUAAAGUGCAUUUGUAAGUCUUGUUCUCGUGUACUUUUGGAUGAUCAAUUAGCCAAAGGUUAUCUGAAAAAGAUGAGAGCUCCAAAGAUUGAACCAUUAAAGAAGGCCGAGUUAUUGAAAACCAUAGUAAAAAAGUGUACAUCUAUGGCUGGUAGUAAAGCUGUAAAGUGCUCGAGAUGUGGAUAUGUAAAUGGUACAGUGAAGAAGGUUGUGGGGAGGAUAGGCAUUAUUCAUGACCGUUCAAAAAUUAAUGACAACAGUUUGGAAGAAUUUAGAUCUGCAAUUUCACACACAAGAGAGUCCAAAUCAACCUUCAACGUGUCUACCUAUGUGCUGACCCCAGUCAAAGUGCUUUCGCUUUUUAAAAGGAUGACUGAUGUGGACUGUGAAUUGCUUUAUCUUUCUGACAGACCUGAGAAGCUCAUUGUUACGAACAUUGCUGUGCCCCCUACAGUUACCCGACCUUCGGUCCCUGUGGAUGGAUCGCAGAGCAAUGAAAAUGACAUUACAGAGAGGUUGAAAAGAAUUAUUCAGGAUAAUGCUAAGCUCCAUCAGGAAUUAGUAGAAACAAAUGCUUCAUUUCAAUGUCUGGGAGGCUGGGAGGAUCUUCAAGUUGAAGUUGCACAAUACAUCAAUAGUGAUGUUCGUAUCGAUCACAAGGAGAAGAAAGCGGCAAAACCACUGAGUGGUUUUCUUCAGCGUAUCAAAGGGAAGCAGGGACGAUUUCGUGGGAACUUAUCUGGAAAACGUGUUGAAUUUACUGGUCGGACUGUUAUAUCUCCUGAUCCCAAUCUGAAAAUCACUGAGGUGGCAAUUCCGAUACAUAUGGCACGGAUUUUAAGUUAUCCAGAACGCGUUUCCAGUCACAAUAUAGAGAAGCUAAGGCAGUGUGUUCGUAAUGGCCCUUCCAAAUACCCUGGUGCACUGAUGGUCAGAUAUCCCGAUGGCAACGCGAGGUCCUUGAUGGGUGAUUAUAGAAAGCGUCUUGCUGAUGAACUGAAAUUUGGUUGUAUCGUUGACCGCCAUUUAGAAGAUGGAGAUAUUGUUCUUUUCAAUAGACAGCCAAGCUUGCAUAGAAUGUCUAUCAUGUGCCAUAGGGCAAGAAUAAUGCCUUGGAGAACGUUACGAUUCAAUGAAUCUGUUUGUAACCCAUAUAAUGCUGAUUUUGAUGGUGAUGAAAUGAACAUGCAUGUCCCACAAACAGAGGAGGCUCGGACAGAGGCACUCAUGUUGAUGGGGGUCCAAAAUAAUUUAUGCACGCCAAAAAACGGAGAAAUUUUAGUUGCUUCCACUCAAGAUUUUUUAACAUCUUCGUUCCUUAUAACGAGGAAGGAUACUUUUUAUGACCGUGCAGCCUUUUCACUUAUGUGUUCCUAUAUGGGUGAUGGGAUGGAUCUUAUAGAUUUGCCCACUCCAACAUUACUUAAGCCCAUAGAGCUUUGGACUGGUAAGCAAUUGUUUAAUGUUCUAUUACGCCCGCAUGCAAGUGUGAGAGUCUAUUUGAAUCUUACUGUUAAAGAGAGAAACUACUCCAGGAAGAUUGUCAAAAAGAUUGGUGAUAAAGAAAUUGAAGUAGAAACAAUGUGCCCAAACGAUGGAUUUGUCUAUAUCCGGAAUAGCGAGCUUAUAAGUGGGCAAUUGGGGAAGGCUACUGUAGGAAAUGGCAACAAGGAUGGACUUUAUUCUAUUCUUCUUAGAGACUACAAUGCACAUGCUGCUGCUACCUGCAUGAAUCGGCUAGCUAAGCUGAGUGCUCGUUGGAUAGGGAAUCAUGGCUUUUCGAUUGGAAUUGAUGAUGUCCAACCGGGAAAACGUUUGAAUGAUGCGAAAGGAGUAACAAUUUCAGGAGAUUAUAAAAAAUGUGAUGAACAGAUACGGAUGUUUAAUGAAGGGAAACUACAGCUUAAACCUGGUUGUGAUGCUGCUCAAACACUCGAAGCUAAUAUAACUGAAAUAUUGAAUAAAAUUCGGGAUGAAACGGGGAAGGUAUGCAUGAGAGAACUACAUUGGAGAAACAGUCCAUUGAUCAUGUCACAAUGUGGUUCCAAGGGUUCUGCUAUAAAUAUAAGUCAAAUGAUUGCAUGUGUUGGUCAGCAGUCAGUUGGUGGUCGUCGUGCUCCUAAUGGAUUUAUAGAUCGUAGCCUUCCUCAUUUUCAUAGAGGAUCAAAAACACCAGCGGCUAAAGGCUUUGUUGCAAAUUCAUUCUACAGUGGUUUGACAGCUACAGAGUUUUUCUUUCACACGAUGGGUGGGCGGGAAGGCCUUGUGGAUACAGCUGUAAAAACAGCCGAGACGGGGUAUAUGUCUCGCAGACUUAUCAAAUCAUUGGAGGACUUGAGUAUUCAUUAUGAUAACACUUGUCGUAAUGCAAGUGGAUGUAUAGUGCAAUUUAUUUAUGGAGAUGAUGGCAUGGAUCCUGCAUCUAUGGAGGGAAAAAGUGGGUUUCCUUUGAAUUUUGACAGAUUAUUAAUGAAAGUAAAGGCUACCUGUCCUCCAAUAAAUCAGAAAUACUUAGCUGUCGAUGCUAUACCACAAAUGUUAGAAGAGCAGCUAGUUAUACUUGAUCCAGAUGGAGUUUGCUCUGAAGCCUUCAAAAAAUCUCUGAAAGGAUUCCUUGAAGGGAAGAAGAACGACCUAAAGAGAGUGAUGGAGUUGGUUAACAAUUGUGAACAGAAGAGUGAAAUACUUGAGGAUGUUGGCAAUAAAAUAUCUGGUAUCACUGACAGGCAAUUAGAGGUUUUCAUCAGAAUCUGCGUCGGUCGUUAUCGCUCUAAAGUAAUUGAAGCUGGAACUGCCAUUGGAGCUAUUGGAGCUCAGAGUAUUGGUGAACCUGGAACACAGAUGACGCUGAAAACAUUUCACUUUGCUGGAGUUGCAAGCAUGAAUAUCACACAAGGAGUUCCCCGUAUAAAAGAAAUAAUUAAUGCAGCCAAAAAUAUUAGCACUCCCAUCAUUACUGCAGAACUUGAGUUUGAUGGUAAUGUGAAUGUUGCACGGAUAGUAAGAGGUCGAAUUGAGAAAACUGUUUUAGGACAGGUUGCUAAGAGCAUCAAGAUUGUAAUGACUUCAAGAUUAGCAUCAGUUGUUAUCUCCCUUGAUAUGGAAAGAAUCCAAGAUGCACAAUUGUAUAUAGAUGCAAAUGUCGUGAAAGAAUCAAUUUUGCUAACACCAAAACUGAAACUGAAGGAGCAGCAUGUGAAGGUUUUGGAUGCUAAAAAGUUGGAAGUAGUUCCUCCAGCUGAUAGAAGUAAAAUUCAUUUUCAACUUCAUGCCCUUAAAAAUCUGCUUCCAAUGGUUGUGGUAAAGGGUAUAAAAACUGUUGAUCGGGCUGUUAUUGCUGAGAAGAAAAAAGACAGUAAAAGUCAGAACAAAGAAGCAAAAAAGCAGUACCAGUUGUAUGUAGAAGGCAUGGGUCUCUUAUCUGUUAUGGGCAUUGAAGGAAUUGAAGGAAGGAAGACAAUGAGUAAUCAUGUCAUGGAGAUGCUGCAGGUAUUGGGAAUUGAGGCUGCAAGAUCAUGCAUAAUCAAUGAGAUAGAAGCAACUAUGUCAAGUCAUGGAAUGAGCAUAGACAUACGCCAUAUGAUGCUUCUAGCAGAUGUGAUGACAUAUAGGGGGGAAGUUCUUGGCAUCACAAGGUAUGGAAUCCAAAAAAUGGGCAAAAGUGUAUUGAUGCUUGCUUCAUUUGAGAAGACAGGGGAUCACCUUUUUAAUGCUUCUGUCAAUGGGAGGGAUGACAGCAUUGAGGGAGUUACCGAGUGCAUCAUUAUGGGCAUACCGAUGCAGUUAGGCACCGGAAUACUCAAAGUUAUGCAGCGAGUGGAUGCUCCUCCUAUGCUAAAAUAUGGAGCUGAUCCAGUUUUAUGUUGAGGAAGGAGGGAUUUCAU